AUGGUUGAGGAUUCGAGAGUUAGAGAUGCCAUGAGAAAUGGUGAAGAGAAGGCACUUCCAGCCUCCUUGGUUCCCCAGGCCCCACCUGUUUUGACAUCUAAAGAUAAAGUCACACAAAGAUUAAUUGUCGUUCUAUCGAUGGCUUCAUUAGAAACCUACAAGAUAUCGUCAUCUGGGCCGGGUGGUGACAAAUAUGCAUUGUUAAAUUGUGACGAUCACCAAGGUAUUCUGAAGAAGAUGGGCAGAGAUAUCAGUGAAGUGAGACCAGAUAUUACUCACCAAUGUUUAUUGACUUUAUUAGAUUCUCCUAUAAAUAAAGCAGGUAAGCUACAGGUGUACAUUCAAACGAGUCGAGGUGUUCUUGUCGAAGUUAACCCUACCGUCCGCAUACCUAGAACUUUUAAAAGGUUUUCUGGGUUAAUGGUCCAAUUAUUACAUAAGCUAUCUAUCAGAUCCGUUAACUCAGAAGAGAAGCUUUUGAAAGUCAUUAAAAACCCUAUAACUGACCAUUUACCAACCAAAUGUCGUAAGAUUACACUGUCGUUUGAUGCUCCAGUGAUCCGUGUCCAAGAUUACAUCGAAAAAUUAGAUUCAGAUGAAAGUGUAUGUGUUUUCGUUGGUGCUAUGGCUAGAGGUAAGGAUAAUUUUGCUGAUGAAUUUGUAGACGAAAAAGUGGGUCUAUCUAAUUAUCCAUUAUCCGCUUCUGUGGCAUGUUCGAAGUUCUGUCACGGUGCUGAAGAUGCAUGGAAUAUCUUAUAG